ACGCCUGCGGGGCAUAUACAAUUGGUUUUAGUGCCAGUCUCUGAUUGUAGCAAAGCCCACUCUGAACCUCUUUCAGUCUCGGGCUGUCUCUGUUUUCUCAGUCAGUUUUCAUCGACUCGUUUGAGAAGUCGAAAGGUUUACCCAGGAUACGGAAAAGCCGGAAAAAGAUUUAAAAAAAAAUGCCUGCAAAUAAAAAAAUUGAAGGAAACGCUAAAGCUGGGAGUAUACCGGGGGAUGCAGGAUCGGUGGCAACCGCGACUGUGGUUCGGCGCCAAAUGCCGCCGCGCGCCUGCAAGAGCAAGAGCCAGAGCACCGCCAGGCCCAGUCUUACUCCCAGCCGCCAGCAGCCCAGCCGCCAGAAGCCCAGCCGCCAGCAGCCCAGCCGCCAGCAGCCUGGCCACGAAGCCCAGCCUGAAGCCGACCACCGGCUCCCAGGCGCCAUCGCAGACCAUCGCAAAGUCGAGGCCCACCGGUCUCGAGACUAUUUUUGAACUGCCCGGCGAAGAGGACGACGGGCCCACCAGCAGCCAUGGCGUGGCUUUCGGCGAGUGCCAGCGCCGCGUCCUCGCCCUGGGUACGGGCGAAAAAAAAAGAGCCCUGUCGGAGAAGCGCUGCCUGAAGGUGCGCAACACCUUGGGCGAACGCAGCACCCGGCACAUGAUGACAAUGCGGAAGUUCCGCGCUACUUUUGACAGCGUAAUGCUCG